AGAAUGCGAAGAUGAUUUUACAAGUGAUAAAUCAACAGAACACAUGUCUUAUGUUAAAAACCUUGAAUACCUUAAGGAAAAUUCGAAAGAAUGUCAACAACCAGCUGAGUACAUCUUGGUUGGUGACAGUGGGGUACAUCCUUCUUUAAGCAUCAAGUAUGAAAAAAUGAGUGAAGAUGUAAACUCUUUCUGGCAGUCUAUUAAUAUGAAGAAACAGCUUGAUAUAAAAAAGUUGCAGUGUGCAGGAAAUGCACUGGAUGCGAUCACCAACGAAACACAUUUAAGAUCAGUUGUAAUGAGUGAAAUAAUAUCUAUUAUGAAACAUCCACUAGAGCAUAGUGACGAUGUCUACCACAAUGAAAUUGGCAGUAAUGUCAUUAUUCCAAGGAGUAAAUCGCUUGUGACCAAAAAAUUAGUUAAAAGUUUGUUUUUAGAAAACACCAAAGGGAAACGAUGUCAGAUUACAUCUGAAACUGAAGCAGAGUUGAAUAUAAACCAUUCUCCCCAAAAACUAAAGCUUAAUUAA